UGAGGAUUUAGCUAUCAUAAUCAUUUUAUGAUAUUAGGACGAAUAUAAAAGCGUAGGGGGUAGUCCCACAUUCAUUCUGAAUCAAACAUAAUGGCAGUGUUAGCCCUUCUCACGGUCGCCCUUUUGGCAGGAUCUGCCUACUCCUCGCCUAAUGCCUCCCGUAUCGUCGGAGGCACGGUGACUUCCAUUGAGAAGUUCCCAUCCAUCGUAGCUAUAGAACACUAUAGCAUAUUCUCUGGGACCUGGGGCCAGUCCUGUGCUGCCAAUGUCCUGACCUCCAGAUAUGUUCUGUCUGCUGCUCAUUGCUUCGCUGGAUUAUUCUACCACAUCAGUUACCGCCGUUUCCGUGCCGGUUCCUCAAUCCGACACCAAGGCGGUGUGGUGAUCUACGCUGAAGCGGCCUUCAACCACCCUAGCUAUGGGCAGUUGGGUGCCGAUGGUGACAUCUCUGUCGUCAGGCUGAUGGGGCCACUGACCUACAGCCCCGUCAUCCAACAAGCUGCCAUCCCCCCUCAGGGCUUCCAGAUUCCUGAUAACCUACCCGUCGUUCACGCUGGUUGGGGCCACACUACUGAAGGAGGAUCAUCUUCCGAAGUGCUCUUGGAGACCACGAUCUUCACUAUCAACAACCAGCUAUGUGCUGCUCGUUACUUGACCCUGCCUAUCCCUCGAGUGGUGACUUCGAACAUGAUCUGCGCUGGUAUCCUGGACAUCGGUGGCAAGGACGCUUGCCAGGGUGACUCUGGAGGUCCUCUGUACUUUGGUGAUGUCCUCGUGGGUGUCGUCUCCUGGGGUCACGGCUGCGCUAAUGAAACUUUCCCUGGAGUCAGCACUGCUGUCAGCCCUUACACUAACUGGAUCUUGUCCACAGCUAUUUAAUGUCUUAAAAUAACUGUGUAACUUAAUAACUUGUAAAAAUAUAUUUUAUGUACAUAUCA